AUGGAGAGUAGUCUUGCAACUGGAUGGUAUCGAUUUGUAGGCGCUAGCGGUACACAGCUUGUGACUCAAAAAUUAAGUAUAACUAACAUCUGUGGUGCUAGUUAUCCAGGUUGGUGGAACGGUACACUACCAAUGAUAAUUGGUGCAACCAAUGUCGGCAACGUUUGUUUUUAUAAUGGCGAUUCCUGUAAUAAUCCAAUUUCUCCAAUAAGUGCAACCAAUUGUAGUGGCUAUUAUGUUUUUUAUCUAAUAACGAUUCCAUGUUGUUCAUCGUAUCGUUACUGUACAACGACAUCAUAA